AUGGUUCCUCGAAGUUAUCAACUUGAGAUUUUAGAAGAUAUUAAAAAAUCCAACACUAUUUUAUAUUUACCAACUGGCUGCGGAAAAACAUACAUAGCUACAUUGCUUAUAAAACACAUGGGAGAAUGCUUAACGAAACCGAUUGGAAAUGGUAGAAAAUGGACAUUUUUUAUAGUCCACUCUGUACGACUUGUUAGCCAACAAGCAAGUAACUUAAGAAGUAAUUUGCCAUGGAAUGUAGGCGCAUUUAGUAGUGAAAUGGGCGUUACCUUAAAUUCUCAAAAGAAGUGGGAUGAAAUAUUGGAAAAAUAUCAAAUUCUAGUGAUUACUGCUCAGAUAUAUUUGAACAAUCUGUAUUAUGGUUUCGUACAUAUCAGGGAUGCUAAUCUACUUAUUUUUGAUGAAUGUCAUCAUGCUGUAGCAUCACAUCCAUUUAAAAAAAUAAUGGAAGUACUACAUAAUUCUAAUUUAAAAAGUGAUGAUCGCCCUCACAUUCUUGGGCUCACUGCUACUUUGAUUAACUCAAAUACCAAAAAUGUUAAAGAUGAAUUACAAAAAUUGCAAAUUACAUUUGAUAGUACAAUAAAGACAAAAUAUGAUAAACAUAUUCAAAAUUUUUCAGCUCACCCAAAAGAAUCUAUAUGUUUAUUUGAUGAACAUAUUCUGGAUGAUGAAUUAUUAGUUGUCACAUGCAGAAUAUCAAAAAUAGUCGAUUAUCUCGGAAAAAUUCAGGGUAAAUCUAAAAAUGAAACAGAAUUAAAAACUGAUCAAAUAUGUGAUUUGGAGCUACAAAACAAAGAGACAACGAAUCAAUUUGAAAAUUAUUUUCGAGACAUUGAGGUGCAUCUCAAUGAUAGUGGUGCGUAUAUCGCAUAUUUGAAUUUGUUACAUUAUAUAAAGGAAAUUGUUAAAAUACAAACAAUAUGUAAAGAUGUAAAAAAAUCUAUUAUUUUAUCUCUGGUAUUGUCAGAAUUAACCAUAAUUCGAAAAAUGUUGUAUAAUUACAUGAAUAAACACUCAAUUAUUCAUAAAGAUCAUUCAACUACAUUAAAAAAUGUAUCUCCAAAAGUGAAAAAUUUAAUGGAAAAUUUAUCAGCUUUAAAAGCCACUGACGUUUGUUUAGUAUUUGUUUUACGCCGAACUACUGCUAAAACUUUAUGUCAUUAUAUCAAUGAUUACAUUCAAGAAUAUAAUCAGAAAAAUAUUGUAUGUGAGUUUGUAGUUGGGAGAAAAGGAUUAUUUGCUACUGAUUGCAAAGAAAAUGGUAAUAAAAAACUACGAAAUAAUAACAUUAUUAAGAAGUUUAACUCUAAUAUUAUUAAUGUUCUCAUAACAUCACAAGUACUAGAAGAAGGCAUUGAUAUUCAAAGUUGCAAUGUUGUUAUUAGGUAUGAUAGUCCUAAAAAUUUUACUUCUUACGUACAAUCCAAGGGAAGAGCUCGUUCUACUACUAGUAAAUUUAUUACUAUGGUACCAAAUUUGUCUAUUUCAAAGUAUACAGAAACUCUAGAUGACUUAAAUAAAAUGGAAAAAGACAUCGAAAAUACAAUGGUUGGAGAUGCUUUAUUAAAUUACACAAAUGCUCGUGAUAUUUUAAAUCAGUACUGUAUGUCUUUACUUCAAGAUCAACUCUCGGAUUUGAAACUAGAACGGUAUAUUUCUCAUCAUGAAAAUAAAUCUUACAAAUGCAAACUAACACUACCAAUUAAUAGUGUUACUAAGACUAUUGAGAUUUAUGGAGUAUUAUGUAAAAAUAAAAAAGAUGCUAUAAAAAGUGCAGCAUUUAACGCGUGUAUAGAAUUGUACAAGAUUGGAGCAUUAAAUGAAGAUCUUAGGCCUAUGCCUAUUGAAAAUAAUGCUAUGCGAAAUUAUUUUAAAUGGUUUCCACAUUGGGAUGAAAAAGAUAUUAAUGGCGAAUAUCAAUUAAAUGCGGAAACUCACAAAAUUAAGAGUAUAGUGCAUUCUGAAAAUCCAACAUACUUACAUGGAUCAUAUCCACAAGUAAAUAAACCAUCAUAUUUACAUGUUAUUCACUGUGUUCCUGAUUACAUCCAACUAAAAAGAAGUAAAUACGAAGCAUUUUAUAAAUUAUUAAAGUCAAUUAAAAAAUUUGGAAUAUUAACAUCAAAUAAAUUACCACAAGUAUCAAGUUUUCCUAUAUUUUCACAUUUCGGUAUUGUUAAUGUUAGCAUACAGGUAAACGUUGAUGUAAAAUGUUUUGACCAUAAAACACUUAAGGAACUAGACAAUUUCCAUAACAAAUUAUUUAUGGAUGUAUUGGGCGUGAACAGUUAUGUUGCAAGAAGCUACGAUAAUGGAGAUAAUUCAUACUUAGUUGUUCCUAUUUUUUUGACAGAUAAUAUUUAUUAUCUGGAUUGGAAUGUUAUCAAUAUAAACAAAUUUGUAGAAACAAAUGAAAAACCUACUAUGGAACAAAGAAAUUCUAAAUUUUAUGAAGAAUAUCUCAGUUCAAACCAUGUAAUUUCAUUGUGGUACAAAAAUGUAUCACCAGUACAAAGAUAUAUUGUCACUGAUGUUUACAUGGAUAAGACACCUGAAAGUUCUUUAAAGUCUUCUGAGUAUGUUACUUAUGCGAAAUACUUCAGUGACAAUUAUAACAUUCACGUUUCCCAUAAAAAUCAACCCUUGAUAAAAGUAAAAUCAUUGGAUGUGUCAGAAAUAAAUUAUUUAACUCCCAGACAUCUAUUGCAUAAACUUGACAAACAAACUGAACAGGGUAAUAUACUUAUACCUGAAUUUUGUACAUGGCAUAAAUUCCCAUCAGAUUAUUGGUUGAAAGCUUUAAUGUUGCCAACUAUAUUAUAUCGAUUAGAAAAAUUAUUAUUGGCAGAAGAACUUUUUGUAAAAAUUAAUUCUAUGUGUAAUAUUGUAGUAGAAGGCAAUACAAACAAAGAUUCAUUAGAAAUGGAUAGUAUUUUUAUUUUUAAUGAAAGCAAAAUUAAAAAAAAAGUAAUGGAAAUUAAUGAAACAUUGAAAUACACUCACAUUAAUUUGAACGAAGUUUUAGAGUUUGAUCCAAACAAUUAUCCUAAAGAUAUUGAAAAGGACAUUCAACCAACAAUAUCUGAUCUUCCAAAUUAUCAGACAUUUAUGUAUGAUCAACCUGAGAGAAAUUAUAAUAUUGUGAGUAUAAAAAUUUUAACUAAGUCAACCAACUUAAACCAAGCUGUUGGAAAUUAUAUGUUUUUAGAAGAGCAAAUAGAUGAAAUUGAAUUGAAUAAGAUGAACCCUUUAAAUUUAACGAACAAUCUACCACCUAUAUUGAGUCCAUUGAGCAAAGAAGUUUCAAAACAAAAUAUAUGGCCUAAGCAGUCUGAUAUUUUGAAAGCUAUUACACCACCAAAAGUGAAAGAUAUAUUUAAUUAUGAGUGCAUGGAAACAUUCGGUGAUAGUUUCCUGAAAUUUGCUUCAUCAUUGUUAUUAUUUGAUACUUGUUCAUUACAUGAUGAAGGAGUUCUUACUAUAAUAAGAACGAAAAUAGUUGGGAAUCAACAUUUGUGUUGUGUUGGAAGAAAUUCAAAUAUUGUAUCAUAUAUGGUUAGAAAUCAUUUUGACCCGAAUACGGAUUGGAUACCUCCAUGCUUUGAUAUUCCUAAAAAAAAUAUGGAUACCAUUGUAGACAAUAAUAUUUCACUUGAUGCACAUUAUCAGAUAAUGGGAAAAGGUAUUCCUAAGGACAAUCAAAUUACAGGUAUAAUUUCUCUAAGAUCAUACGCAAUUGUUUCAGUUUUACUUCUACUUACCCUUAUACCCUUCCCUCCAAGCGCUGUUCUUCAUCCUACCAUCUCUCUUUCGGACUUUAUCCCACUAACACAACAUCAUGCACCACAAAUGGUCCAUUCACCAUCCGGUGAGCUAUUUAUACAUAAGAAAUAAUUUUCAGAUAAAAUUGUUGCUGACUGUGUAGAAUCAUUGAUUGGUACAUACGUAUAUAAAUGUGGAGUUGAAGUAGGCUAUAAGGUUCUUCGUGGUCUGGGUAUUAUACCAGAACAAGUAAUUGAUAUAUUCAAGUCUACACCAAUCAAAAAUCUAAAGGCUGAUUUAAAUAUUUCAAAAUUUUUGCCUGGAUAUAAAAUACUUGAACAAAGAAUUGGCUAUUCAUUUAAAUAUAAACAUCUAUUACUUCAAGCUCUAACCCAUCCAACCAAUGAAUUUGGGCUUUCAGAAUGUUAUCAAAGACUUGAGUUUCUUGGUGAUGCUAUAAUUGAUUUCUUGAUUACAUCAUAUAUAAUAGAACAUGGAAAUACCAAAAUUCCUAGUGAAAUAACUGUUAUCAGAUCUUCACUAGUGAAUAAUACAAUCAUUGGUUCAUUGAGCGCACGCAUAGGACUGCAUAGAUUUCUCUUAGCAGCGUGUCUGAAAAUGACUGAAACAAUUGAUAAUUUUUAUAAAGAUUUUCAAAAAAACAACUAUCAAAUUGGCCAAGAAGUUAUGAGUCUUAUAGAAGAAAAUGAUUUUUAUGCAGCUAAAUGUAUUGAUGCACCAAAAGUAUUGGCUGACUUGUUUGAGUCACUAAUUGCUGCAAUAUAUUUAGACUGUAAUAGAGAUUUGAAUGUUGUAUGGACAAUUUUGUAUAGAUUUUUGGAAAAAGAAAUCAACGAAUUUUGUAACAACUUUCCAACAAAUCCUAUAGAUGUUUUAUACAAAUCAAAUUUACAACCAAUUUUCAGUGAACCUCCUAAUCAAACACUUAAUAAAAGCUUUGUCAUUUAGUUAAAGAUACAUUCGAACCAAAAAAGUUUGACUGUAUAUGGAUAUGGUCAGUCUAAAAAAAAAGCCAAGAUUGCUGCUGCCAGAAUGGCAUUAAAGAAUAUGACAAAAAUGUCGUAA